UGCAGCUGGCGGCAAGCCAGAGGGCACGUUUGCGUUUCCUGGGCGGCUGGCAUGUCCAAACGAGCACGGCAGCGAGUGGGCGACAGGGCUGGCGGCCGGCGAGCCCUGGAGCGUGCGUGGGGACGGGGCGAGGCGCGCUAGGCCGCACCGGGCGCUGGCGUGUCACAGGCGCGAGUUUCAGACAGGGGCGGCCGGCGGCGGCCAGACGCCGGAGCGCUGGGCGCCAUGUGUGUGCGGCUCCCGCUGCCCUGCGCCGUUGCGAAAACCCAUCCUCUCGACGGUCCCUCGACGCGCCGCCAGCGCAGGCACAGCGGCCCAGCCAGCACAUGGCUCUGCAGUGGGCCCAACGUGCCCGCAGAGCGCUCGACGGCGCCUGCUGCCGCGCGUGCUCGCGCUCCACCACCGCCCCCGGCGCAGUGGAGGCCGCGGCCUCGGCGGGCGGACCACGUCGUCGACAGGCACAAGCGCGCGGCGGGAGGCUGCCGGCCGCCAAGCAGUUUCAAAUGCACACGACGCUUCGCUGAGCUUGCGCGUGGGCUAAUCGAGCCACGACCGCUCGGCCGUUUCCAUGCGUGCAUUGCUUGCCGAGUACAUGAGCCACGCCUCCCCUCCCCAUGCUCCUUCCCCAGAGCCCUGGCCCGACUGUCUCUCUCCGACCGCUCCUUCCUUCGUUUUCGCCUUCACUCACAUUCUUUUAGAGUGCUUGCUUCGCCUCCAGCAGACGUCCCUCGUUCACCUUCUUCUCCCUUCCCACGCUCUCUUCUCCCCUUCACCCCGGGCCGCAUCCUUAGUCCCGUUUGCGUGCUGGCACGUCUUGGCCGACAGCCCUUCUGCCUCAGUUUCGCCGCACCUUGACAGUGCUCGUGGAUCGUAAGUCUUGGUAGUCUCACCUCCUCCGGCCUUAGGCAUAGUGCAUCCACCACGGCCUCCCUCUGCCUCGCUCCCUCCUUCCGCACUGCCACCCCCCCUGAAAGGCGUCGUCUUCUCGUCCAUUCACUGUGUCUCAUGUUGUUUAACCACAUGGACCGUCGUCGUCUUCUCCUUCCUUAAAGCUUCCC